AUGAUACAACACGGAUCACUUAGUUUACCAUUAGUAAAAGCUGGGAGUCCUAAUUGUCAAGUCAUUAAUGAGACUUCACAACAAGUUUAUGACUUGAGACCUUUGACGAGAAUUUCAGGAGAUGAUUGGAAAGUUAAAUCUGAAGGUUUCAAUUAUGAAUUUGGGUUGAAUGUUUGUAAUGUAAUUUUGAACACGUCUAAUGUUAAUCAAGAUGACAAAGUUGGUAUUUGGGGAGAACUUGUUGCUGUAGGUGUAUUAGCAACACUAGCUGAGGCUGAUGAAGCUGGAGAUACAGCUAGGGCAGCGGGUGCAGACGCAUCAGCAGCAGUAAAAACUGGUUUGAUUAAUAAAACCUCUGAAAUUAUAGGGUGUCAUCGUAACACAGCAGCAAAUUUAAAUAAAUCACCAUAUCGAUAUCAUAAAGAUUGA